UUCUCGUUCGUAAAAUUUUGUAAACAGGACGUGCGAACUGUCACCACUAGUCAUCGUGAAUCGAUCCAUUUCGAAUAGAAAAUGUUAUAAUUUUUUCGUCAAAAAAAUAGUAAAAACUUGUUUCGGGAUGGACCAAACAGAUUCUAGUUGUGAUAAUAACUUCAUAAGCCGAAGAAUGCUGGACCUUGCCCAUUCGGUUGAGGUGUUAAAUGAGAAAAUUGUGUUUCUAACGAAAACUGUUGAGCAGAAGGAUGAUUUCAUCAAACUACUGGAAAAAGAGAAAAUCAUAUUGGAAGGCGAAAAACAUCAGAUUUUUUUUAACAGGCGCAAAUUGAACAAAAUAAAGCCACAAAAGAUAAAGAAAGCAUGGUCAUGCGGUACGUCACGACGGAGAAAAAGCUUAUCGACUUUAAGGAACAACUGGAAGCAACAGAAAAACGCGAACGAAAGCUCAAAAGCGAACUUCAAACAUUAAUCGAUAAAACUAAAUAUGAUAAAGAAGAAUCGAUUCGUUUGAGCAGUGAAGUUGAAGCAAAGGCCAACAAGAUUACGCUUGAAUAUCUUAUUGCUGAACAGACUGAGAAAUGUUCGAUAUUGGAACAACAUGCACAAAACGUUACGAGUAAACUAGAAAAAUGCGAACACCAGUUAAAUGAAACAUUAGAGGAGCGAAACAAUAUUCAUGCUGCUAACAAGGAAAAAGAUUCUAUCAUAAAAAAUCUCCAAAAUUCUAACCAAACAUAUUCAUCUAAGAUAGCCGAUCUACAAUUCGAGCUGAAGGAACUCGAAAUAAUCCGGAGUAAAUUAUCUGAUGAGCAAACAAUCAACUUUAAACAGGCAACUUGCAUUGAAACACUAGAGGGUCAGUUAUUGGAUAACAAAUUGGAACUAGAAAAAUAUGUCAAAAUAGAAUCCUCUCUUCUGACUCUUAAUCAGGAACUAAGUCGAAUGAAUGCAGAUUUGCAGAACGAUUUAGCCAUAGUUAAUUCGAAAGUGCGUGCUCUUGCGGUCGAAAAUGAAAGAAUCAAAAAUGUACAGUCGGAAUACGAAAGUAUCAUUAGAAAAAUAGAAAACGAAGUGAACAAUGAACGCAAGCAGCGCAUUGAGGAACGUUUGGUGAUGAUUAAACACGUUGCUGGUAUAACUAAUGAAAAUGGGAAGUUGAAAACGAGAUUGAAUCAAUACAUAGGUGAUCUAGAUUCAAUAAAAAAGAAACACUUCUUUAGAAUAAAGGAUUUGCAACGCGAAGUUUCAUCUCUAAGGAAAUCAUGGAUUGAUCAAAUAAACCAUACCGCCAAAACCGUACAAAACUCUAUAAAUGAUAAUGAUUCAAUGAAUACUGUCACGUGCUGUGUUUGUAAAAUGAUGUGCAAUGAAAAUGAGUCUAUCACAGUGAAACUUAUUGACAAUGUAUUGAAUUUAGAAGAAGUUAACUGCAGGCAAGCAGAAAAAAUUGAUUUUCUUGAAAGUUUUUCUUCGGCAGUUGUUGGUGAACUGGAAGGAAAUAUGAAAUUAUUAAACAUUUUAAUCAGCAGAUUUCGAAAUUAUUCAGGAUUGAACACUUCAAUAGAAAUGUUUAAUAGCUGUACAGAAAUUCUGGAUUCAGCUACGGAAACCGGUAAUGUGCCAAGUAACGCAAUAUUUAACACAACACCAAAGAGCGGCUGAAAAUUUGAAACAAAAAUAAUGAAAAAUUAGCAGUACCAUGUGCAAUGAGCGAAUACAAAAAUUUACGUUUAAAAGAUCUCUGUCCGUAAAAUUCGUUACAAUAAACAAAGGUGAAUUGGCGUACGUUUAGUUAAAAACUACGUUGUACCUACUGAAAAGAAUACACAAACUUGUGUAAAACUA